AUGCCCCCGCUCUCCGCCUCAGGCCCCUUGAACGGCUUCAACGCGCCGUAUACACCUGCGUCGCACUCGCAGGACUCAGCCCGACGUGCCUCUCUGAACCCCGCAAGAUGGAUGCGCACCAUGCCCCUCGCAGUGGAAGAUCGCCGCGUGGUCUCCUUCUACAUGGCUGCAGCUAACAAGGCCGUUCUGAACGCUGCCCCCGACAUCCCGCUCCUCUUCCUCCUCAUCCAGCUCGUCUGGGCCGUAGUCCUCCUCCAUGUUGCCGCUCGCUUCACGCCCAAGGUAGAGAUCCCAGCGCUCGAGCUCAAGACUGCCAAGCAGCUCGCUCCUGUGACGUUUGUGAACGCCGUCGGCCUGAUAUUCAACAUCCUUUGUUUGCGUGGUGUGGAUGCAUCGUUCUUUCAGAUUGCGCGAGGUCUCGUCCUCCCCUUCACGAUUACCGUCUCGUCGAUUCAUGGCCGUUCCAUCCCCUCGCUGCAAGUUCUGCUCGCCGCCUUCAUCGUCACCUUUGGGUUCUUCAUCGGUGUCACCCCAGAUACGCAAGUGAUACAAAACUUGGUCAAUACCCCAGCUGGACAGCCAUAUUCUAUGGAGUCCUCUCAUCCAUCUUCAUCGCGGUCCACGCGUUCUGAUCAAGUAUUCGCUCCCUUAUGCCAACAAUUCAACCAUCCAGCUGGCAUACUGGCAGAAUCUUGGCUCCGUUCUCAUCCUCCUUCCAUUUGUCCUUCUCCAAGGAGAGCUGUCGACACUGUCGCAGCUGAUGCCAGCCCAGACUGGAACGCUUCGGUCUUCGUCUGGGGCAGCACCGUCACCGGGGUUUUCGGCUUCUUGCUAUGCGUCGCCGGGCUGCUCAGUAUCAAGGUCACGAGCCCCAUAACGCACAUGUUCUCCAGCGCCGCCCGUUCUGCCAUUCAGACCCUCCUCGGUGUUUGGAUCUUCGACGACAUCUUGACGACACACCGCGUUGGUUCUAUUCUGAUAAUCGCCGCCGGCACUGUGUACUACACAUGGACCAAGUCCAUCGAAGCCGCUAUGGCCGCGCCGCCGAAGCACAUGCCGUUACCGACCGACGAUGUGGAGGCAAACGCCGGCGGCCUGACGAGUCUCACCGAGGAAAACGAGGAAGCGUAUGAUAUGCAAGAGAAGACGCGGUCACAGACCGACUAA